AUGACUGCAAACUUAUUACAAAUGCAACACUCCUGCAAUGCAUCUGCCCUUUUAGCAAAAACUGUCGCAUAUCACCAUCGCAAGCAGGAGUUUAGUGCACCUGAGGUAGUGUCCUAUUUAAUGGGAUGGGGGGAUCAUUAUAUUUCGCACCCAUUCCAGACUAUACAUUGGAAUUCAGUUACAGUGUUGUUGAAGCAAAGCUUUCCCUUUUUGAGAGAUUAUCAGGUGAAGACUUGUACAUCUACCCAGGAUUCACAUGUAACUGUGGACAAACGUAGUCCGGAGACCAAGUACAUUUCUGUGGAAAUUCACAAAGGCAAUCUACACAUACAUGAUCAAGUUUGGGAAUACGUUGAUCAUGGAUAUGAAUUUGAACAACUUAGCUAUUUGGAAUGUUUCCUUAACACAUACGAUAUCAGGUCUGCAGCCAACAUGCCUUUAGUGCACAAGAAAGCAGGUCCCUGGUUUCCAUCCACAAACAACUCCAACUCACGGCCAUUUUAUAGCGCAUCCAUGCUUGCACUGUUAAAACCUUGGCAAGACAUACAGAUGUUGAAGAAAAACGAGGAGACAUUUGAAAUGGUGUUCUCUUCUUUUAUGGCCAGUGCCCCACAGAAGGUACAAACUAUUGUCGGCAACAUUCAGUAUUUUCACAAUUGUGCUGACCAAGUGAAGUGCGAGGAGGAAAAGAUGCAACUCACUCAUAACUUCAAUUAUGCUCUGGUUCCACCUGGGGAGCACCUGGAUGACACAUGUGAUGAUAGUGAAGGUCCUGCUGGUCAAUCUACAGAACAUUGUUUGGAGUGGCAGCACUACAUCACAGAAGCCGAUUCACCCAGCAAAGAAACCCAUCAUACAGAAGUUAGCACAGGAGGUGUUAUGAGCACACCUUCAUCCUUGUCCAUUCAUCCAUCCAUGCAGUUGGAGAUUUCUGCAGGAGAAAGGUCUACGGAUGAGUCUAAAUCAUCUCCCUUUGAUCCUCCAAGUCAUUUGAACAAAGAACAAUCUAUGGCUUUCAUAAUCAUUACAGAACAUAUCUAUCAAAUUCUUACCAGUAAAGAUCCUCUGCAGCUCCUUAUGGUCAUCCAUGGUCCAGGUGGUACAGGGAAAACCCAGUUGUUGAAAGCUAUAACAAAAAUGUUCUCUGAUAUUGGUAUUCCUGUCAGAUUGGAGGGAAAACUUUACACUCCUGGGGUACUCUUCCUGCCAGCAAAGGAACACCAUGCAGUGAUAUGUGGAUCUAUUGACCGAGUGCACAAACUGCUUGCUGAUGUGGUCACUGCAUUUCAUUUGGCCAAUACAAGGACUAUGGUUGAUGCUCCAUUCACUGGGCUUAGUGUCGUCUUGUUAGUUGCUGGCCAUAAUCGUGUGUUGUAUUCUCAACAUCCAACUACUUGCAAAUUCAGGAAGUUCAAAUCACAGACUCGGUAUGGCUUGACAUUCUAG